AUGAACAAAAGUUGUGGACCUUGUGCAGCAUCAAAACUACGCUGCGAUCUUGCAAGAGAAUCCUCGUCUUGCUCGAGGUGUUUGCGGAAAGGACUGGUUUGCCAGCGCAUCGAGAGGAAAAAGAGGAAAGGGAACUCUUCAACAAAUAACUCGGCAUCUGGAACGCCAAACAGCCCUGACCAUGAAGGGCCUAGUUUCAUAGAAGAUCAUGCAUUGACGGGACUCACGGCCGACGAUGACAAUCAUUUUCUGUCGCAGCUGGCAGAUAUUGGAUCUUUAAUUGACAUGAGUGCCUGGGCCUGGGAGAGCGAAGCAAGUUCGGCUAUUUCACAGCAAUUCAACUCAUUGUCCCAGGGUAUCUUUCUAUCCAAGCAAGCCAGCAGUGAUGCGACUUCCGUUCCGAUUCAUCGGUUAGAAAAGUACGCUCGUCUCUACUUCUCUCAUUUUCAUCAAUUCUUCCCUAUAUUACAUGUUCCGACGUUCUGCCUUCAGUCUUCAUGUCCUGCGCUGGUUAGAGCAAUAUGUUUCAUUGGUAGCGGCUUUGAUCAUCAACUGGAAACAGCUUCUGAUGCAAACCUCCUUUUUGACUCUCUGCCAAUAAUCUUGGCGCGAUCAUGCGUACAGUCCGGAGGGGUAAAGCUUUCUUUUGAUGAACUCCAAGCAUGGCUUCUAAUCCUGUUCGCCAGUAUGACAAAUGGCGGAGACCCGGAGCGAGCGGCCUCACGUCUUCUACAUCCUCUGCUGGUUACAGCAGUGCGGCAAGCAGGGUUUUUGAAGAUUCAUGGAGAAUGUACAAAAGCAAGCAGGAACCCAGAAGCGUGGUCGAAAUGGAUUACCAUGGAGUCUAAAAAGAGAAUAUUGUGGGGAGUAUACACUGUUGAUUGCUAUCAAUCCAUUUUAUGUGGAAGCAGGCCACUUUUAUCUCCUACGGAUACUCGGGCAUCUUAUCCAUGUGACGAAGAGAGUUGGAAUGCGCUGUCUGCAUCUUCCUGGGCUCAGCUUCCAGCACAGGAUCCGUCUAGCUGCUUUCUGUCGUCACUGAAGGGAUUGCUCGUUGGCCAAUAUCCGACAUCACAGAAUUUAACAAGCUUCGGUAUGCGGCUGUUAAUUUUGUGUCUUCACUCGCUACUAUUAGAGGCACAAACAUCGAUCCUCCCCACCGGAAUGUUUGCCUUGGAACAAGCUCUGCAAACAUGGUAUAAUAUAUGGAUAUCCUCUCAGUGGCCGGCUUAUUCCGAGUUGAGCGCAAGGUGUUCCUUUCUCACUAAUAACCUCGCACUCUAUCAUCUUGCCAUUCAUUUUCUGCAAAAUGGACGUCCAAGGUUGGACGAGAAAGCCUUUAUCGGAGAGUCUACCGACGCCAAUAAUCCACUUAUCGCUAAGGAAGGUGCAUACCAGGACGAGAUGAUGCGUUGCGUUAGAGAGAUUAUGUUGAAGCUCUAG